UAAGAACAAAUCCUGGGCAGUUGUAUUGCCACAUCAAAUUCGGAUAUCAACAGAAUGGCUAUAACUGUACGAACUCACAGGACAACCAAGCUCUUCGGCAGGGAAAGGCCACUGCAUGACGCCCUAGGUGGACACAAAGCUGCAGACAUCAUCCUGUGGAGGGAGAGGAGGGUGUCGGCGUCCAUCGUCGCCGGAGCGACGGUGGCAUGGUAUCUGUUCGAGGUGGCGGAGUACCAUUUCCUGUCGCUGGCAUGCUACCUCGCCAUGCUCGGCAUGCUCGUCGUCUUCAUAUGGGCCAAUGCUUCUGCUUUCUUCAACCUGCCGGCUCCAAGAAUCCCUGAAAUUUUUGUGUCGGAGAGAACCACCAGGCAAGUGAUCCUGGCCUUGCACAGCAGGCUAACUUGGUUCGUGCACAGGCUCUACGACAUUGCUUGUGGAAAGGACAUCAAAAUGUUCAUCUUGACGGUGUUCUCCCUGUUCAUAGCGUCAGUGAUCGCAAGCUGCUUCAGCUCCCUGACUCUCCUGUACCUAGUUGUGCUAGGCACCAUGACGCUGCCUGUGAUGUACGAGAAUUACGAGAGCGAGGUCGACCACCUGGUGUCGACGGCGGUGCACGAUCUCCGGAGCCACGUCGGCGACAUCGAUUCUGGUGUUUUCAAGAAGAUCCCAAGAGGGAGAGGAGCCACUGCAAAUUGAAUCAAUUGAUCAGCAACUAAUCAACCAAGGAGAUCGAUCGAUCGAGACCAAUUAAGAUUGCAGCAUCGAUCGACCGUGCAUGACCUAACAUCACAUGCAUGUGAUGUGUACAUAUAACGCUCUUUAAACCGGAUUAAGAAUAUGAUCCGUGCAUGUACAUCCGAAAGGAAAGAAAAGGCUGUUACAAAGCUGUUCUUCCAUUAAUAUUGUUCAUAGUAACAUACACAGCUUUCGUUC